AGUGGAUUUAGGGUUUCAGAAAAAAGGCCCUAGUAUAAAUUCUCCCUAACUGUGGUCUUCUCUUUCAUUCCUCUGGAACACUAGACCCUAGAGCGUGUUCGAGCUGUGGGCGAGCGGCUCUACUGCCAGAGAUCAGAAGCAGUUGAUCGACAAUGACGUUCAAGAGAAGGAACGGAGGGCGCAACAAGCAUGGCCGUGGUCACGUGAAUUUCAUCCGCUGCUCCAACUGUGGGAAAUGCUGCCCCAAGGACAAGGCAAUCAAGAGGUUUCUUGUGAGAAACAUAGUUGAGCAAGCUGCUGUUAGGGAUGUGCAGGAAGCUUGUGCUUUCGACACGUACACCCUUCCUAAGCUGUAUGUGAAGAUGCAGUACUGUGUCUCAUGUGCUAUUCACUCCAAGGUUGUGAGGGUUCGGUCCCGUACUGACAGGAGGAUUCGUGAGCCUCCACAGCGCUUCAGACGCCCAAGGGAUGAUCUGCCUAGGCCACAGCAAGCUCCACGUGUUGGUGGACCACCUGUUGCUGCCCGUGCUUAAUUCCUUCUGCCGACCUUUUUGCUACCUCAUUGGUUAUGUUAUGCUAUUUUUUUUUCAAUUGCGGUUUUGACGUAUAACCUGGUUUUGACCAUUGUUAAAUUUAGUUUUCCGGACUUAGAACUAUGAUAUUGAUAUUUAAUGUGCAAUGGGGUUCUUGAAUUCAUUAAAAAUGCCUUUCUGGCUGUCCUUUGAGGAACAGUGGGUCGUGAAGCCAUUAGCUGCAUUAACAUUGAAAAAUCAUGGAGAUGAUUUUUGGAGUAGAAUGAUCUCAUGUAUGUCAAGGGCCAACCUGGUUAUUUAGUUUUCUUACAUU